UUUGUUUUGCUUAUCGAAUUGAUAACACGUGCUGUUUACUGUUUGUUUAUAUUGGAAAUUUGUCAAAAAAGCAUUCGAUUUUUAAUAUUUAGUAGUAUCCGAGAAAUAUGAAAAGAUGUUUGUAAAUGAGGUGAACGAUGUAAAAAUUUAUAACCUUAGUGCGGGAAAAUCGGUACCAGAAUGGCUAACGGACCGACGGAAGAAGUCCCAGCUUAUGAAAAAGGUGGACUCUCGCCGCCAAAUCGAGUUGAUACAAGAUUUUGAUAUGCCCGGCGUUUGUACCUCCAUACGUAUGUCACCCGAUAUGCAAUAUAUAUUGGCCACAGGAACCUAUAAGCCCCGCGUCAAAUGCUUUGAAGUAAAUAAUUUGUCCAUAAAGUUUGAGAGAUGUUUUGAUUCCGAAGUCACCACUUUUGAGGUGAUAAGCGAUGAUUAUAGCAAAAUGGUUUUUCUACAAUGUGAUCGCUAUGUAGAAAUACAUGCAGCUCAUGGAAGGCAUUAUCGUUUGCGUAUACCAAGGUUUGGACGUGAUAUGAAAUAUCACAAGCCCUCGUGUGAUCUGUUCAUAGUGGGAACUACAAAGGAGAUAUAUCGCUUAAAUUUGGAAAGAGGUCAAUUUCUACAACCCUAUGAAUCUGAGGCUUCCAAUUUGAAUGCCUGCGAGGUCUGUACGGAGCAUGGUUUGCUGAUGGUGGGUUCAAAGGAAGGUACCGUGGAGGCUUGGGACCCUCGUUCAAAGACAAAAUGUUCCACAUUGGAUGUGGCUAUCAAACUGCCUGGCGUUAAAGAAUUCCCCUCGGUUUCUGCACUGAAAUUCAAAGAUGGUCUUCAUAUGGGUGUGGGCACUAAUUCAGGACAUGUUUUACUCUAUGAUAUACGCUCAAAGGAACCACUGCUGGUGAAGGAUCAUUUAAAUAAAAUACCCAUUAAACGUUUGGCUUUCAACACCAAUCACAAUGCGGUUUAUUCAUUGGAUGAGGCAAUGCUUAAACUAUGGGACGAGCAAACGGGCAAACAAAUUGCUUACAUAGAAUCCACUAGCUCCUUCAAUGAUUUCUGUACCAUACCUGAGACGGGUAUGUUCUUCUUGGCCCAAGAAGAUGUGAAAAUGUUGACUUUUUAUGUACCUGCCAUGGGCCCUGCACCUAGAUGGUGCUCUUUCUUGGACAAUUUGACCGAAGAAAUAGAGUCGGAAGUGGUGGAGAACAUGUACGACGACUAUCAGUUUGUUACACAAAAGGAAUUGGAAGAAUUGGGCUUGGAGCAUUUGAUAGGUAGCAAUUUAUUAAAAGCCUACAUGCAUGGCUACUUUAUUGAUGCUCGUUUGCAUAACAAGGCCAAGACCAUUGUGGAUCCAUUUGCCUUUGAACGCUUCCGCAAAGAAAAGAUACGCCAAGAAAUCGAAAGUGAACGGAAACCACGUCUACAACUCAAUAGUAAAUUGCCCAAAGUCAAUCAGGAAUUGGCUCUUAAAAUUAUCGAAGAACAAACUAAUCCUUCAGCUAAACCGGUUAGCAAACAAGUGCCCAAUUUAUUGGAGGACAAUCGUUUCAAGGCUAUGUUUGAAAAUACCGAUUUCAAUAUAGACAAAAAUGCCGAAGAAUAUAAACUUUUGGCUCCAGUGCUCAAUCGCUUGGAAAAAUCCAAACUAAAAGAAAUUAAAAAACGCAUUGAGGUAGCCAGAGUUAAUGAACUACACGAAGAUGAAAGUAAACCUCAUGAGGAAAGUGACAAUGAUGAGGAUCUCUUUGGCCUGGAAAAGAGUGAUGAUGAAGAUGAAAAAUCAUCCGAAGCGGAAUCCUCAGAUGAUGAAAAUGUCAAAGAAUUUGCCAAAGAAAUGAAAAAGGCCUAUAAGCAAGUGAAAAAACAAAGACAAGAAGAUUUAGAGGACAUGGAGGAGGAAGUGGUGGAGCAAGCAAAACCAAACAACAGAAAAACCUUAAUAGCAACAAAGCAAUUGGCCAAAUCCGAUAAACCCAAGGAGUUUAAAAUGUUUUCUCUCCAAUCAGCAGCCGAAAUGAGCGCUGUUAAACGUGGCAUGAUGAAAGUCAGUCUUCAAGAUCGUGUGUCCAAGGUAGAAGAGACCAAUUCGAAAGUUCAGACCAUUGGCCGUUCUCUUGGCAAUCGCCAGAUGACCUUUGAAAUGAAAAAACCUCCCUCUAAGGAAAUGCGUAAACGUGAACAGCAAAUGAAACAGCACCGUGAAGAACGUAAAAAGAUUAUUAGACCUAUAAAGUCAUUAAAAUUGAAGAAAGUUAAUUUUAAAUAAUGUACAAAAAUAUUUCUGUGUACAUACCCGUGGAUUUAGGAUAUUUGGUAAGACUAGAGGUCAUAUGUAUAAGAUGUAGGGUGAAGAAAAACAAAUUUUGACAACAUUUUUAUUUGAACUUUGUUUCUCAUCUGUUUUUAAACCAUAUGGCCCUUUAAUUUUUUUUAUAAUUUAUUUUAUGUGAAAAAAUAAAUAAAAAAUUAUAAUAAACAUUA